CUGCAACAAGCCAACAACUCCCUCUCCUCUCUCUCUCUCUCUCUUCAAGAAAAUCCCGAAAACAGCCACACUAAUAAAUUACUAACACAGGAAUUCCAUGCCACCAUAAAAAAUCAAAACUCAUCUUUAUAGACCUUCACUGCAACACUCCCAGACAAAAUCUCUCUCUAAAUAUAUAUAUAUAUAUAUAUAUCUAUAUAUACUGUAUAUAUACUGCAUGAACUCAAGCACAAGCCAGUUCCCACCCAUGAAACCCAAGACCCACUACCACAACACCACCGCCACUACCACCACCACGACGGCCACCGCCAAUGGCUAUUCCAGCGACAGUGGCUCUCCGAGCCCACCUCCGUCACCACGGCAUCAUUCUAGCCUCUCCCUUUUCCGCCGGCGACGGCUGCCUCACAAAACCCACUCACAUUCCCGCCGGGAGAGCUUAUUCGCCGGAAUGUUCCGCCGGCAAAGCCUCCGGUACUUUGUUCUCUUGUCUCUUCUGUACGUCUCGGGCCUGAUCAUGUGUGUGGGUCCCUUCUCUGCCAUGAUGCAGCCUCGUCUACCCGGCUCGGUCUACCGUAGCCAUCAGAUCUUCCAGAAGCUGUGGCAUGAGAUUGAGUCCGAUAAUUCAUCUGCAAUUGAGUUGUCCUCUGUGUGGAGAUACAAAAGGAAGCUGAAAGAGCAGAAAUCCUGUCCAAACAUAACUGCUAGCCUGCGGGAUUAUGAGUCCCUAGAGCCUGGUCAUUACUUGAUUGUUGAUGCUAAUGGUGGCCUUAAUCAGCAGCGCUCAUCGAUUUGCAAUGCUGUAGCUGUGGCCAGGCUUUUGGAUGCAACACUAGUCAUCCCUCGGUUUGAUUUCAACAGUGUUUGGAGGGACCCAAGUGGUUUUAGCGAUAUUUAUGAUGAGGACCAUUUCAUAACCACCAUUGAGGGUUAUGUAAAAGUGGUUCGGGAGCUACCUGAGGGAUUGAUGGAAAGAUAUGACUUCAAUAUUAGCAAUAUACCAAACUUCCGAGUCCAAGCAUGGGCACCUGCCAGUUAUUACUCGGAAGAAGUUUAUCCUGUCUUACGUGGGCAAGGAGUUAUCCGCAUUGCUCCUUUUGCAAAUAGAUUGGCAAUGAAUGUUCCACCUCAUAUUCAAUUUGUGAGAUGCCUUGCCAAUUAUGAAGCAUUGAGAUUCUCUAUUCCCAUCAAUACUCUUGCAAAGAAACUGGUCAACCGAAUGAUUGAGAAGAGCACCAAUAGUAAUGGGAAGUAUGUAUCCGUCCACCUUCGAUUUGAGGAGGACAUGGUGGCCUUCUCAUGCUGUGAGUAUGAUGGUGGAAGGGCUGAAAAAUUUGAAAUGGAUUUGAUACGAGAAAAGGGAUGGGGGGAUAAGUUCAAGCGUAAAGGCCGUGUAAUUGCACCUGGUGUCAAUCGGAUCAACGGAAGAUGCCCUAUGACUCCUCUGGAGGUUGGGAUGAUGCUAAGGGGUAUGGGGUUUGCCAAUGACACACCAAUAUAUUUGGCCUCGGGAAAAAUUUACCAGGCUGAGAGAAACUUAGCUCCUCUACUUAAGAUGUUUCCCCUUCUACAUACCAAGGAGUCUCUUGCAACCCCGGAUGAGCUCGCUUCAUUUCAGGGCUAUUCUUCGAGAUUGGCUGCUUUGGACUACAUGGUAUGCUUGUUUAGUGAAGUGUUUGUCACCACCCAAGGUGGAAACUUUCCGCAUUUUCUGAUGGGCCACAGGAGAUUCAUAUAUGAUGGACAUGCUAAGACCAUCAAGCCUGAUAAAAGCAAGCUUGCUGUUUUACUGGAGGACACAAGCAUGAGUUGGAAAGAUUUCAAGGAGCAAAUGGAAGCGAUGCUUGCUGAAAGUGACCGCAAGGGGAUAAUGAUACCUAGAGUAAAAAAAACCAAAAGAAAAGCUUCUAUAUAUGCUAACCCUUUGCCAGAAUGCAGGUGUCUCUGGGAAUCACAAAACUCAACCUUCAAGCAGACACAUGCUUCCUUCAUGACUAAUCACUAACUCGGUUGCGUGAUAGGUGAAAUUUAACAUACAACAACUUCUUGUCUCACUUGUACACUCAUAGUUCAUACACCAGAAGUGUUUAUUUGGGAGCUUUGGCCAUUGUUGUACCUUUGCUUCUUAAUGCCUCUAUUACCACGAGAUCUUCCUCGGAUGGGAGCUAGCCAUUGCAGCUACAUGUGAAAGGCAAAGUUGGGAAUUCUUUGUCCAAGGUCUCUUUUUUUGGCCUUGGGCAUGGAGAUUUUCAAUCUCUUCUCUGCUUCGGCUGCUGAAGUUUGGCCCUUAAGAUACAUGCCGGCCUGAUGUGGGAACCCUGCUCGAAUCUCGAUUCAGAAGAUGGUUAUAUCAUUUGUUCUUCAUGAGUGGAUGGCGAGAGACCGAGUUUGACCUGUUUUAUCUGAGAUUUGACAGAAUCCUUGGCCAGUCGGUAUAAUUUUUGGUUACUGUUGUUUUUCAAGUGUAGAAAAGAUCAGCACUAAAGUAUAGGAAUUUUAAGAUUGUUAGCAUUUCGUCAUUUUUUUUUGUGUUCUUUAUUCAAUUCUUCUAACAUCCAUACCAAAAGAAUUCUAAUAGUGGGGCGUGCAUUGUUUUUCUGGAAAGCCUAAUUUGUUGUGAUUUGACCAACUUGGUAUAAAUGCAAGCAUUGAAUUUGAACUUUAUCAGGAUAAAUUCUACUUGAAAUUUAUGUU